AUGAAACGCGGAUACUUCCACAAGGUGCUGGCCGUAGUGGUGGUGGUGGUGGGCCUGAAGGAGUUUGUGGCGGAGGAGAGGAGGAGACACGUGGUGUACCCAGAGCCUGCCAACGUGUUCACCUGGACACAUCUCUGUAGGCCUUCACAGGUGAGGGUGGUGAUCCUGGGCCAGGACCCGUACCACGGCCCGGGCCAGGCCCACGGCCUCAGCUUCAGCGUCCCCCGGGGGGUGCCGCCCCCCCCGAGUCUCCUCAACGUCUUCCGCGAGGUGGCCCGGGGGGGCGGCGGGGGGGGCGAGGCCACGCCCCCUUCACGGCCCCCCCACGGAGACCUCACGGCCUGGGCACAGCAGGGGGUGCUGCUACUCAACGCCGUUCUCACGGUGCGUGCCGGCCAGGCCAACUCUCACCGCGGCCGUGGCUGGGAGCUGCUCACCGGGGCGGUGAUCUCUUGGCUCAACCGGAACCGCACCGGAUUGGUCUUCUUGCUGUGGGGAGCUGACGCACAGCGAUGUGGUGCCUCCAUCAACCGGAGUCUCCACCACGUGCUCACAGCGCCACACCCAUCCCCUCUGUCUGCCCACCGUGGAUUCCUGGGCUGUGGUCACUUCUCACGGACAAACAGCAUCCUGCAGGCUCAGCGUCUGCCUCCCAUCGACUGGCUCAUUCACUCAUAG